GUCGGGAUGUUCCACUCUGAAGAUAAGGUCCAAUAAGUAACAGAGAUAAAGCGAGUCUACAAUAACAGUCCUUCUUGUCUUACCCUAUUUAGACUUUUAUCAGCUUCAAUUGUAAGAUGUUCCGUGUGAUUUUACAUGUUGCAGCUUUAUGCUUUAUAGCUGAAGCUAUUCCCCGGGAUAAACGCUUCCUUAUGAUGUUCGGCCACCAGUUCAAUAAUCCCGGAGAUAUGUCUAAUGAGUUUUCCGGAAACACAGGAGGAAGUAGCAAUGCCGGAAACAGUGCUGUAAGCAGCGGUACUUCCGGUUCACAAAACAUAAACGGUGUACCUGGAGAUGCAACACAUUACCUUGAUAAUACACAUAACUAUUACCACGUUAUCUCUGGUGGACACGCUGGUUAUGUUCAGCACGCCGGAAACAAUGGACCAGAAUUUUCAUCCCAGAGUGCAUCAACUGGUCACGGCACGGACCAUUUACCGGGGAAAUGUCCAUGGAUCGGCUGUUCCCCUGUCUGUCAGGAUAUCGACAGUGUGACGGGCUGUAUUGUCUGUAUAACAGGAUGUUCCUCUUCUUCAUCUGCUGUUAAUGCAAACGGAGGAUCCGGAACAUCGUUGAAUACCGGAAGUGGUACAAAUGCCGGUUCCGGACAAAUCACUGGAGGAAGCGCAUCACAAAUAGGGACAGGUACUGGACAAACGAGUGGGGUAACAAAUAGCCCCAACACCGGAAGCGUAAAUCAAAAUGGAGUAGGAAAUACAACCACCACCGGAAGUAUUAAUCAAAAUGGAGUAGGAAAUACAACCAACACCGGAAGUGUUAAUCAAAACGGAGUAGGAAAUACAACCAACACCGGAAGUGUUAAUCAAAACGGAGGAGGAACAACAGCUAAGACGAGCAGUGCUACUCCGACAUGUCGUCCAUUUCCGGUCAACUGUCCCCGGGGGAGUGCUGUGAUCAUCAAUGGCUGUCCGGAAUGCAAUGUUCAAACUACAACAGUCAGUCCCACCGUACAUCGGGCCACCUGUCCGCCUACCCGCUGUGUCGCGCCGUGUAACAAAGGAGUCACAUUAGACCCCACGACCGGAUGUCCCGUAUGUGUUUGUUAUACGGGAUAACGGCUGAAGACAAUUUUGAUUGGUUUAUAUUUGAACCACCUUAUACUCAAUACAUUUCAUUCAUGCAUACAAA